AUGCACCAUCAUCAUCAACAACAACAACAGCAUCAUCAUUCACAAUUCAAUCCUUUGCACCAGGGGUACCACUCCCCUGUACCGGGAUUAAUCCCGAAUCCCACGGGUUAUCCGGGUACCCAACAGCAGCAGGGCUACGGUGAUGCCUUGACUGGUUUGGAGCCCGUGACGAGAAAAAAGCGGAAGCUGGAUGCUGAGAAUGUGGAUAUCAUGACUUUGAGCAACUGUUACAAAAUUGAGCCAGGCGAGGGAAUGAAUUGUUCUGUUGGUCAACGGUCGCAAAUCAAUUCCCCAGCGAACACUGGGGGACACGACAACGCCAUGUUCGAUGACGAAAGUUUAAGUGGUGGUGGAGACUUUGACUAUCACUUUGGCCAAAGAGGACAAGGGGAUCAGUUUUCUGCUGAUUCCCAAAAUCAGUGCAUUCGGUUUGUCAGAUUCCAGGAAGAUUCGUGGGGUCAUUUGGUGGACGCUAUGGGAAAUCCAAUCACACUGACGUUUCAAGUCGAUGCCGAUAAAGGCUUCAAUUUUUCCCAUUCCGAUGACUCUUUUGUUUGUCAAAAGAAAAAUCAUUUUCAGGUGACUUGCCAUUUUCAGAGCAGUGGAACUGGAGCUUUUGUCAAAGUGAAGGACAGGAAUCCGGAAAAGAUAGAGAGCUUGAAUCUGAACUUUUUCGGCGUUAAAGCCGAGAGUCCAAGUCAAACAAUCAAAAUUGAACAAUCUCAAUCAGACCGAUCAAAGAAGGGCUUUGUUCCAGUCAAAUUGGAGUUGGGUCCAUCGCAAAUUACCAAAGUGACGAUCGGUCGCUUACAUUUUUCUGAAACUACCACUAAUAAUAUGAGGAAGAAAGGGAAGCCGAAUCCCGAUCAGCGCUAUUUUUUGCUGGUUGUUGCCGUUCAAGCUCAAUUACCGGGCGAACGACUGAUUCCUGUUUUCCAGUACGCCUCAGACAAAAUUAUCGUCCGAGCGUCGAAUCCCGGGCAAUUUGAAAAUGACUCCGAGAUAAUGUGGAUGAAAUCCCCGAGUUCGCCGGAGAAUAUUUUCCAUCAUGGCAAAGUCGGGAUCAACACGGAUGCUCCUGAUCAAGCCAUGACGAUUUAUGGGAAUUUGAAACUCACUGGUCAGAUUUUGCAGCCUUCGGACUGCCGAGUGAAAGAACACGUUCGCGAAUGCGACACCCGUGAUCAGUUGAGAACUAUUUCCAAACUACGUGUCGUGGAUUUUGAGAUGAACCACGAAGUUGCGAAAACUCUGGGAAGGACUCCCGGACGAGAUCGAGGACUGAUCGCACAAGAAGUUGCUCAGGUAAUUCCUGAUGCUGUUCAUCCCACCGGAAGCUUCGUUCUACCUUCGGGUAUCGUCAUCGAUGACUUCCUCACCGUUGACAAAGAACGAAUUUUUAUGGAGAAUGUUGGUGCUGUGAAGGAGCUGAACAAAGUCGUUGAUAGAAUGCAAAACAGAAUUAGUGAGCUGGAAAAGGUGCACAAAAAGUUGGAGAAGGUCAGGCGGAAUUCUUCCAUAAGGGGAUCUGGCUCUUCUUUUUCAAUUGACAAAGCCCCAUCCCUCAAGCAGGAAAGUUUGGCACCUUGCCAAAAAUCUUGCAAAACUGGCAUUGACUUCCAUCCGUUCUACAUGGUGGAAGGACGAUCGAAAGCGGCUCGGUCUGCUCGAUCAGCAUCUUUACCAGUUGAUCGAUUCGAUCAAUGCGACACGUGUUGCCAACACCAUCACAUUUACUGCCUUCGGGAAAACAAGCGCAAGUCCAGUAAUCGCGAUUGCAUUCAAAUUAAGAAACCGGUUCCGGAUUUCGGAGAAGGCAAAGCCUGUGAUGAGGCUGCCGGAACCUGUGGCAGUUCGAAUUGGUCUCCGUGGUCACUCGCUCUUGGGAUUUGCUCUGGACUUGCUUUGGCGCUUGUGUUGUUCUCCAUCGCCCUUUUCCUGAUGAACCGGUUUGGCGUGAUCGUCCUUUCAGGAGUUUCAGAACCGAGCAAUGCUGUAGGUACGACCACCCACCGUUAUGUGAACAGCGAGGAACAAGAAGGAUCUUGGAUCUGGUCUCCCUUUUCACCAGGAGAGAAACCUUCAACUCUCCGCGACGAGGGGUCUUGGCCGUCAAUCACCAAAGAGCGAGGGGAUGAAAUUCCCACUACACCCCAACGACACACAACGUCCGACGGAGCCGUCGUCCAUCACGGGGAAUUGACAGCUAUAUCUCCGCAAGAUUUGCCGCCGAUUAUCGGAUUCUCGCCGAUUUGUUUGCGGAAUGGAUCUGUGGCCGAGAGCGCCGAAUGCGUAGUGGUUUGCAGACCAUUGGAAUGUCCCCCACAUCAAAGACAAGUUUCUCACCGAGAGUCUUACUCAAAUAAUGGUAUAAGUUGGAGUAUGACGCCGAGAAACGUGGCGGACAGCUCUAGUCCCAUAGUUAUCGUGAGCCCUGUGUUGAGAGACAGCACAGCCGCUGGAGGAUUAUCAAACCACAUUCCGCAAACAUCUUUGCCAUCAAGCAAUGGGUUGUCAUCGGAAAUUCUGGAUGAAUCCCCGCUGAAGGUGUCAAGAAUGAUCACGAAGCUGCGGCGCAAGCGGAAUGUCAUUUUGGAAGAAGAUAACGCAGUGCCUGUUUCGAAUCCGGUGGAGAAGGGCUCUGUGAUUCCCCGCUACCGUAUCUCAAACGCGUCGAUCAACAAGUCGAAAGACAACGGCAAUCUACGAACCCCCGGAGAGCUGAGUGAACCCGCAGCCAUAGGCAAGGAAUCGGACUUCCUUUUUGUCAACAAGAGGAUAGUUGUUGGUUCCGGUGAACGAGGAAAUGCGGUAGAUGAUGAAGUGCUCGCUCGUCCGACUCCCAUUGACAAAAUCGUGUUGGUGGAUGCAAACCGGACACUGACGAGUCAGUACUGUCUCGGUGACGACCACGGUUGUGUUUUCAGUACUUCGGGCAAUUGGACGUACGGGAUUCCGGUGUCGAUGUUCUCGCGCGUCGAGACGAUGCAUUUGCAGUUUGUAUAUUCGCCCUUGGCUGGAGGAGAUACUAAACGUUUGCCGGUCCUUUGUGACUCACCCAUGCCUGUGUCACCGACGCUCCGCUUGCUUCUAAACGCGUUACAAAGGCCUUUACCGUGUCUAAACUACGCUAGUAGACGCGGCUUAGGCUAA